AUGGAUUCUGAAUCUGAGUCCGAUGGCGGCAUGCAGAUCAACCCCACAUCGAUAGCUGAUUUCUGGGAUGCCGGGGAUGACCUUGAAUCUUCGGAUCCCGAUGAACAUGAUAUCGACAUCCAAUCUGAUAUGGACACUCCACUCGGAGGCUGGACGCCCCAAGGACACCGAGAAAUCACUGGUGAUACAGAAAGAUUCUCCCACCGCGCCCCAGACCCCCUAACAACAACCUACAACCAAAGCGGCCGCGAAGACAUAAUGCAAGUCCCAACGGAAUACGAGAAAGACGCGCGCAUGCGCUCGCACCUCCGCGAUGAAAAACACGCCGCCCUUUGCGUCCUAAUGGACAGAGAACUCCUAGUAACCUACGCCCUCUCCGCAAACGAAACAAUCCCCCAAACUCGCCGCCGCUUCAUGGCCAAAUAUCUCGCGCCCAGCGACGCCAAGCGCGCGGACGAUCUCUACGCCCCGCGCUUCUAUAUCCCCGCUGAUGGGAACGGCGGCGAGGCUUCCCUUGUGCGUGCUCGGUAUCGUGAUGUUAUCGGGACUGCGGAGGGUCAUGGCUGGCAUAAGCCGGCUCUGUUGAGGCGUGCGGAGAGUGGCUCGCAGGGUGGGUCGAGAUCUGGGUCGGCGGGGUCUUUGUCUGGUGGGAAUUCACCGAGGAGGGUUGCGUCGGGCGUUAGGCUUGCUUCUGGGUCUGGGAGGUCUUCUUUGGGGGCGAGGGGUGUUAGGGAGAAUGAAGAGGAUGAGGAUGAGGAUCUUUGA